GGGGUGCGGGGUGUGAGGUGUCCAAGACUCGGUUUUCCUGCGUGGCGGGGUCUGGCCUCCCGGAGAGACGAGGCCAUCCGAGGGAGGGUCCGGAGAGGUCGUGAGUGCAGACCGGACAGGACAGGAGCAGGUGCCAACCUCUGAUCCUCACCCGUGCCUUCUGUAGCCGUCUCGCUGGUGGGCACAGAGGAUGCUCUUCUGCAGCAGCUGGCCGAUUCGAUGCUCAAGGAGGACUGUGCCUCGGAGCUGAAGGUCCACUUGGCAAAUUCCCUCCCCCUGCCCUCCAGUGUGACUCGGCCCCGGAUUGACUUGAUUGUGUUUGUCAUCAACCUGCACAGCAAGCACAGCCUCCGGAAUGUAGAGGAGUCCCUGCACCACGUGGACGCCGCCUUCUUCCUAGGGAAGGUCAGCUUCCUUGUCACCGGCGCCGGGCGGGAGAGCCACUGCAGCAUUCACCGCAGCACGGUCGUGAAGCUGGCCCACACCUACCGGAGCCCCCUGCUCUUCUGUGACCUGGAGAUAGAAGACUUCCGAGCCACCAUGGCACAGCGCCUGGUCCGCAUGCUGCAGAUCUGCGCGGGCCACGUGCCCGGCGUCUCGGCCCUGAACCUGCUGUCCCUGCUGAGGAGCUCCGAGAACCCCUCCCUGGAGGACCUGUGAGGGCCACCACCCUCGGGCUGCCCCUCCCCACCGCUUGGUCCGGCUCAGUAAACAUUCACUGCUGCCGAAGACCAGCCAGGGCUUGAGAGACCCAGGUCACAGGCAGUCCCCCUCAGGGCCCGGGGUCUCUGUGCUCCAGCUCCAGUGGGAGAACUGGGGUUGCAGGGGUCGGGGGAAGCCCAGCUGGCGGCACUCCAGCCGCCCAUCCCAUCCUCACCCCAGCAGAGCCCCGGGUCCUCGUCCACCUGACGUGUUACAUCUGCUUAAGACUUCAUCUGAACAAAGGAUCUGUGGCUAAAAAAAGUUUGAAAAUCACUGGUCUCAUCCACCACUUUGAUUCUGCAGAUGAGAAAACUGACUCAGAACAAUUACAAGUCAGGCAGUGAGAGCUUGGACUCUCGGGGCCCAAUCCGACUCCACAUCCUGGCCCUGCCAGCCCCCGCCCACCUUUUUUUUUUCUUUUUUGGCUGCCCUGUGGCACAUGGAGCUCCCAGGCCAGGGAUCAGAUCUGAGCUGCUGUUGAGACCUAGGCCACAGCUGCAACAAUGCCGAAUCCUUAACCCACUGUGCCAGCCCAGGGAUCGAACCCGCGUCCCAGCACUCCCAAGACACUGCCACCAAUCUUGUUGCGCCCCAGAGGGAACUCUGGCCUUGUCAUCCCUACAGGGCCUGCUUGUUGCCUCCUGGAGCCUCAGUUUCCCCAGGUGGAAAAUGGAGGUCGUUCUGCUUCCUUGCCGUGUUGUAAGGGUUGAAUGAAAUAGUGCGGGUGAUGCGCCCGGGUGGUUUUACCGCAUGCUUGUUGCGUGCUGGAUGUAUUUUGUAAUAAACAUAUUAAAGCUUGCACAGCGCCAGGUGAGCACCAAGUGAACAGUAA